AUGCCAAAGCUCUAUGAGUACAUUACGAAGCACGAGGGGUCUGGAGACGGGGCAUGGGUACUAAAGGAUGCGAGCGCCGACAUCCAGUUCUACUGCGUGGACAGUGUCAACAGCAGGCCGGAAAUACGCGUGCGUAUUGGCUCAGAUAUUGAUGUUGUGCCAUCAUGUAGUGCAUCCGACAUGGUGGCGCCUGAUACUCGCCGCUUCACCUUCAAAGACAGCUGCUCCAUAUACAGCUUGAAGUUUCCUCCGGGAGACUCGUUCCAUUCUUUUCAGGAUAAUUGGCUGAAGUCAAAAUAUGGGAAUGUCUUCGGGAGCGAGGUGCCAUGCUGGGAAGCUGUAAAUGGCAAUGUGCCAGCUGAGCUGGUUUCUUUUGGGCAGCAAAUCACGAACUUUACGCGUGCCGCAAGCGCCAUUCUUGUGGGAGCAGGCCGGCACAGCUUCCUCCUGCAAGGCCGCACGGUGGACGUGCUCAUGAACAUGGAGGGGGGUGGGGUCGAUGUCUCCACCAGGAGCUUCGGGCUUACGGCCCCAAUAGGUGCCGGUUUCCUGAAGUCCCCAACUAAGCGCAAGACACGCAGUUCGGGUGUAGACGUUAACGAGAUCGAGGCACUGCGCGCUGAGUGCAUCCCCUCGAAGAUUCUUCUGUCACAUGGCGAGAAGCGCAUGAACUUCUUGACUCCGGACAACAGCAGCAUUCUGCACCAUGCCGACAUUGAGUUGGGCAAGAUCGUCAGCACUUCAACCUUCAUGAGGGACGGUGUGGAUGUGCCAAUCGUGGAAAUUGCUCAGAGUUACAAAUCGGCACAGAUGGACGACCAAGUGCAGCUCCUGGCUCUGAACCAGACCACCAUUGGCAGGUGGGACACACGUGUGGGGACCUGCGUGGUACAGGAGUAUCACUCCGCAGGUCUUCAUUAUGUCACCGGGAACGAGCCUACCUGCGGGCCCAAUUUUACAUGCAUGGCCACAAGCGGCAACGGGAACGUUGCUGUGGGCUCACGGAACGGCCGUAUCCAGCUCUACAACAGCCGGAUGCUGUCACAGGCCAAGACCUCCAUCCCGGGCCUUGGCGCCCCCAUUACCGCCAUUGACGUCACAUACGAUGACAAGUGGCUGCUGGCCACGACAGACAUGUACCUAAUGCUUAUGAAGACAACGUAUGGCGCCAAGCUCGCGAAGGGGAAGUUCACCUGGAUCACAGAGGAUGGCCAUUCGGAGAGCUGGGUAGUGGCGGUCUGCGGGCGCUUCUUGGUCGUGUGGGACUUCGCAAAGAUCCGCGGCUCUAGCACUAAAACCAUGUGGGACUACCAGCUGUACGCUGCUGGGGGGGAGGAGGGUGAGGAACUGGUCGACGUGCAAUUUAUGCACUCGAAGUACGUCCCCGGCAACGCGGACGCUGGUGAUGCGGCGCUGCUCGUGGCAACACCGCACAACUUGUCAAGCCUAAUUCUACGGCGCUAG